AUGUCACAGAGAUUCAUUGACAUAGCAAAUUUUGAUUACAAUAGAAGUCCAACACACAAAAAUACCAGAGCAAAAGCAGUUUCAAUGUUACACAGAGGGGUUACAAGUUUGAACCCUACUUUCUUAGCCCAGAGUGAGAUUUUUGAAGAACCAAGCUCGCCAUUUUCUCCUAAUUUUCACUUGAACCCAAAGCAGGCAUCAGGAAAGUUAGUUCAAAUUCCUCUUGAGAAAAUGGAAUUUGAAGAGGUCCAAAGCUUCAAAGCCACUCAUAGACAGAUGAGCAUCAAUAGAGAAAUUCCGAAGAAUUCCAGCCAAAAUCUCGACAAGUAUAAGUCAUCUUUAUUCAAAAAUCAAUCAGCAAUUCCACUGGACUCAAGUAGCUUGAAGAUUAAUAUUGAAAAAGAGGAAAUUUCUGAAGAGUCCUCUCAGACAAAUUCAUCUAAGAAGAAGCCUUCCCGAAAGGAUUUAUCUGAUAAGGAAUCUAUAGUUGAAGAGAGCUCUCCUUUACCAAUGCGACAUAAAUAAAGAAUCGAAAAUGAAAUCAUUCUCAAGGCUUUAUUCUUACAGAGAAGAUUUGGGAUUGGUUAAUAAAAAAACCACAAAUAUGUUCAAUGACGCACCUCCAACUCCUUUACUUGAAGAGAGUGAGACUGAGUUUGAUGAAAAGUCUAUUGUAAUUUCUCCAAAUCAGACAAGAGACUUUACUAAGAAAAGAUCCAACUCCAUGUUUGCCUCUUUUCAGAACUUGUUAAAGAAAGAUGAGGAAAACAUCAGGUUGCUGCUGCCCCUUGAUAUUGAUAAAGAUUCUAACCUGCCCAUUGCAAAUGCAGUCCUAGAACUACGCUUAGAGUACAUGGAAACAUUCAAGAAGACUAAUAUGAAGAAACUCGUUCGCCGAAAAUCCUGCUGCUGUAACUUCUGUGGGAAAAUGAAGAAAAAGCAUAUAGGAGAAGACAUAAUUCUUGAGCAAGACUUCCUCAAAGCCAAGAUACUAAAUUCAAUGACUCAGAAGGAAAUGUCAGCUAUUAAAUAAGAUCUUUCCAGAGAGAAAGCAGAGGCUUGAGUUUACAAAGAAGAUCAUUUCUGGUAUCAUUCCAUUACCACAAAUUAAAAAACUGAGUGAAACUGACAAGCAGAUAUUUGCCAGUCUCAGGAAACGCAACAAGUCGAACUUAUUAAAUGUGGGUACAUCCAAGAACCAUGAUGAAAAAUUGAAGAAGCCUAAGAGAAGAAAGAGCAAAUCUAAACCACCUAUUGACUUAUGUAAAACACUUGGCUUAGGAUUCUUUGGCAUUUCGAAGAACUCAGUUAAGAGUCCCAAGGAUGGUCUUGCAAAGAAAGAGAGUGACAAGAAUUCAACAGUAAGAAAGGAUAUGCAACUGUAUCUUAAGAAAGCUAUGCAACCUUAUAAAAUUAAGCGAACUGUUUUGAAUCAUAAAAUGUUAGAACCUAAGCUUCAUCCAGAAAGCUUAUUUCCUAGUACCAAAAUUCGGAAAAAUGUUCUUACUAAUAGACUGGCCUAUUCAUCAAAAUUAGGAGAAAGAGGUAAAAGCUGAGAGCCAAUAUCCCAGAAUGAUUUACCUUCUCUGGCUGCUUCUAAUAGGCAGCUUUCAACAUCAAAGAAAUUGGUCAAGAAGCAUUUAAAGAAAUUGAAGGUUGAAAAGAUGAAGAAGAUUUGUCUCUAUGACAAGCGAUUCCAAAAUUCCCAUACUGCAAGAAUAAGCACUUCUCCUGCCACUUCAAGACUGACAGCACUAAAGCAUAAGCCUAAACACUCUAGGAAAAUUGGUAAGAGUAUUCCUAAGACAAUUAAAUUACUUGCAAGCUCAAGAAGACCCAAAAAUGUGAAGAAAUAACUAGCCUCAAUUUUCUUUUCAGGGACUCAUAAUUCAACUCAAAAUGCAAU